UCUAACGAGCCCGUUAGUAGUCUUCCGUCUUCCGACCGUUCCGUCUCGCGCGCGCGUCUAGAUACACUCACCGCACGCACGGGUCGUUGCCGCCGCCGCCGCCGCCGCCACCGCUCGCGUAAUAACUUUAAAUCGAUAAUAUUAUUCUAUAACAAAAUAUCAUUACAAUACCUUACAGCACUUAACAGUAAAUACAUAACACCAUAACAUACCUAAUAUAUUUGUGUACGCAUAUAUCGGCGGUUCACCGCCCGCCGCAGUGAUGCUGCACGGCCGCGCCGGACCUCCUCGCGCCGCCCUGCAGAGACGACGGUAGAGUGCCGCGCCGAAGACCAUUCGUUUGCACACAGGAAGCACCCGCAUUAUAACUAUAUAGAGGUACUUCCGCGCCCGAAAUUGCAUGUAGGGACGACGACGGCGACAAUCGUGUAACAUGUGCCGGCUACUGUUGAUGGGGGCGCUGCUGCAGCUGUUGACCGGAACAGUCGUCCAGUGCAGGAACAUCAAUCUGAUAUUGCCCAGCGUUCCGGACCGUCUACACCCCCCGGUGCCGUCCUCCCAAGCCGGAUACAUAAAAGGAGAUGUGGAUGAUCUCCUAUCCGUGGAGGAUAUCGAUCCAGAGGUAUCGCCGGGCUUGUUUCAAGGUGAUAUGGCGAUGAACAACGAAAUUUUCGAUUAUUGGCGGGUCGGCCUGCGAUGGGACAUUUUCCCGGAGAAACUUUGGCUUAACCGCACCGUACCAUAUUUGAUCAGUCCACUUUAUGAAACCGAACACCGAAUACUGAUAUACCAAGCCAUCAGGACGAUCAAUUUUAUGACUUGCGUCAAAUUCGUGCCGUGGACCGGCAAAGAAAAGGAUUAUUUAUUGAUAUGGCCAGUGAAAUAUCCUUCUGGGUGUUGGUCGUACGUGGGCCGUUACGGGGGACCGCAAGUUGUGUCUCUGCAGCCUCCAGAUGACACUGGAGCCAAUUGCUUAGGUACCGACGGACGACCUAUUCACGAAUUAUUACACGCUUUAGGCAUUUUCCACGAGCAAUCUAGAUCAGACCGCGAUAAAUUUGUUAAGAUUAAUUUUGAAAACGUUAUACCACAAUAUCGUUCUAAUUUUGAUAAACAAAGUUUGAAAAACACCACGUAUCAGUUUGAAUAUGAUUACGACAGUGUUAUGCACUAUGGCAAAAACUUUUUCAGUGUUGGUAAAGGAAAGCAAACCAUUGUGCCAAAGUUUGAAGGUAAAACAAUCGGUCAAAGAAAAAUGAUGAGCAAAACAGACUGCUUGAAAAUAAACGAUUUGUAUGGAUGUCUAGGGACUCCUCCAAAUUACAAUUAUAAAUAUUACACAUUAUGUAAUUAUAUGGGUCUUUAAUUGGCAAAUGUAUUUAAAAACUA